AAUCACACCAAAAUUUUCUUUUGUUUUCCUUUCUCCUUUACUACCACAUAUUCUUCUUACCAAAAAAAAUAAAAAAGAUAAAAAAUUAUAUAAAAAAAUUUAAGGCUAGAAACAAUCUUUUUUCUUAGCUGAACAUAAAAUUGUAGUAUUCAAAAUUGUUAGUACUACAUAUAUUGAUUGGAAAGAUUGGAAAGAGAAGAGAAAAGAGUGGGGGACACAAAGUUGAAGGGGCAAAAAAAAUUAUAGAACAACGCCCUACUUUCCCCCUUCUCAUCUCUUAGAUCUUACUGUUUUCUCAUCUGGGUCGUCUGAUUCUUGAUUUGGGACAAUGCAAUCUGAUCUUGGCAAAUUAUUCAUUGGUGGAAUUUCAUGGGACACGAAUGAAGAGCGUCUGAAGGAGUAUUUCAGUACUUAUGGUGAGGUUUUAGAGGCUGUAAUUAUGAAGGAUAGGACUACUGGUCGUGCCCGUGGUUUUGGCUUUAUUGUCUUUGCUGAUCCUGCUGUUGCUGAUCGGGUUAUCAAGGAGAAACACAACAUUGAUGGCAGGAUGGUUGAAGCGAAGAAAGCUGUUCCGAGGGAUGACCAGAGCACAAUAAGUAGAAGCAGUACUAGCAUUCAGGGUUCUCCUGGUCCAGGACGUACAAGAAAAAUCUUUGUUGGAGGUUUAGCAUCCACUGUAACUGAGAGUGACUUCAAGACCUACUUUGAGCAAUUUGGAACAAUCACAGAUGUAGUGGUUAUGUACGACCAUAACACUCAGAGACCAAGAGGCUUUGGGUUCAUAACCUAUGAUUCAGAGGAUGCAGUGGAUAAAGUAUUGCUUAAGACCUUCCAUGAGCUGAAUGGUAAAAUGGUUGAGGUCAAGCGUGCUGUCCCCAAAGAGUUAUCGCCAGGUCCAAGACUUGGUGGCUACAAUAACUUUCCAUUAAGUAGGAUCAAUAACUUCCUUAAUGGUUACACACAAGGAUACUCUCCGAAUACAGUUGGAGGAUAUGGAGUCAGAAUGGACGGUAGAUUUAGCCCCAUUGCUGCUGGAGGUAGGAGUGGUUUUGCUCCAUUUGGUUCUGGUUAUGGAAUGGGUCUUAAUUUUGAACCAGGGUUAAGCCCAGGAUAUGGGGGAAAUGCAAACUUCAACAGCAGCUUGAGCUACGGUCGAGGACUGAGCCCUUAUUACGUUAAUAGUUCGAAUAGAUUUGGUGGUCCUAUUGGUUUUGAGGGGGGAAAUGGAGGAAAUAGCUCAUUCUUCAGCUCAGCAACUCGGAAUUUGUGGGGAAAUGGGGGACUGGGGUAUGGAACUAAUUCCACAAGCUCUACCAACUUUGCGGUAUCUGGGAGUGGGAACAUGGGGUCUGGAAAUUUUAGCAACACUGGAGUUUGGGGAUCAUCUUCAAUUUCAUCCCAAGGUGGAGGAAAUGUUUCUAACCAAAGUGGUAAUCUUGGUUAUGGGGGUGAUGAUAGUUUAUAUGGUUUGGCUGGAGGCUAUGGAAGAAAUGUUACAACAAGCGGGGCUCCUGCAUCAUCAUAUCCUGCAUCUAAUGGUAGCUAUGAUGGGGCUCUUGCUGAUCUUUACAGUGGUGGUUUGGGAUAUAGUGAUUCCGCUUGGCGCUCUGCAAAUUCUGAGCGAGAUGGAUCUGGUUCAAUUGGUUAUGGACUCGGUACUGCACCGUCGGAUAUGCCACCUAAAAGUUCAGCUAGUUAUGUUGGCGGUUAUGGUGUUGGUAAAAGACAGACAAACAGAGGGAUUGGUGGCUAGGAGAAUAUUGCCAAACAAGGGUGUUACAUUAGGUGAAAAAUUUGGUGUAGAAUCUGAAUCAUGAAUUUUGCAUACUUCUAUAAUUAUAUGAAGUUGAGAGAGGUUAAAGAAUUGGAUAUCCUUUUGUAGGGCUAACUGGAGUGCCUGUUUUGAAGGUCUAGAGAUAGAAGUUUACAAGAUUUUGUGCUAAAGGUUUUUUUUGUUUUGUUUUGAGUUUAUGUCUUUAGGAAUUCCCCUUUCUUUUUCCCUUGAGUGAGGUGUAAAAUCAGAUUGCGGCGUAUAGUCAGAAAUGUAUCAUGCAUCUCUGGUGAGGCAGCGAUACAUACACAACAAAAUAGACAGAAGUUUUGAGUAAAAUGUUUAGAUUUAAUGUUUUUUUCGCAGUAAUGUUGCUGCAAAGUUGCAGAUUCUUGUCUGGUAAUUUGUUUGCUUUGUAGUUUUCCCUUGAAUGGGAUUUUUCCUUUCUCCAUUUGAAUGUAAGGGAGGUUGUUGAUUUAGUGUGAUACAUUUUAGGGAUACCCAUCUAGGGUACCCCUAAUGAAUAAAUUACUAUAUACUUUGAUGCUCA